CUGGUUUGUUGUUGGACUUUCUGUUUUGGACUUUGAAACUCUUGAAGUCGCGGUUUCUCAAUUGUUUAUAGCAAUUGUUAUUCAAUUCAAAGACACCCAAGUGGCGCGAGAUUAUGUUCCGGACACGAGUGCACCGAAAUCUGUCGUGGAUCUCAACGAACUCCUCGCGAACGACGACUACACACGGCCAACACUAUCAAUACCUGCAAUGUUCCAAGCUGCCGACGUUGUAUUUCCAGCGCUCCCUGCCGCGUCUGCCCAUACCGCUGUUGGAGAACUCCUGCCAGAGGUUUGUAGAGGCCACCAAGCCUCUCCUAUCCAGCGCAGAGCAGGCGCAGACCCAGCGAACGGUGGAGGAGUUCAGGCAGGGAAUCGGCAUGGAGUUGCAUGCGAAGCUCAAGCAACAUGAUGCGGAAAACAAGCAUACGAGCUACAUAUCUCAACCCUGGUUCGACAUGUACCUCGCCGACCGGGCGCCGCUUCCCCUGAACUAUAAUCCCCUCCUCGUGAUGAAGAGCGACACGCGAAAGGAGUACCAGGACCAGGUCGUGAGGGCCACUAAUCUAAUCAUCAGCUCCCUGCGCUUCUGGCGGUCCCUGCAAUCGGAUCUCCUGGAGCCGGAGGUCUAUCACAUGAAUGCCAAAAAGAGCGACACCGCCAGCUACCGGCGUUGGAUGAAGGUGGCUCCAAAGGCCUUCGCCACCUAUGCUUCCUAUGCCUUCAAGGCCUUCCCGCUGGACAUGAGCCAGUACAACAGGCUCUUUGGCACUGCCCGUAUCCCUCGGUUGGGCAAGGAUGAGCUGGUUCAGUCGCCAGACUCUAAGCACGUAAUGGUCAUGCGACGCGGGAACAUGUACGCCGUAAAUGUCCUCGAUUCGAGUGGCUACAUCGAGAGUCCCAGCGUGAUUCUAGGCAGACUAAGGGCUGUGAUUCAACUGGAUGCGGAUCGUGAGGCUGCCAGUGUGCCUCUGGGGGUCCUAACUUCAGGACAACGCGAUGACUGGGCAAAGUCAAGGGCGCACUUUGUGAGCAACCCAAAGAACGCCCAGCUUCUGCAGAGCGAGGUGGAUGCGGCGUUGUUUUGUGUUUGUCUGGACGGCGAGGAGGAUGGCGUUUUUAGGGAGGAAAACCAGGAACCGCUGCUCAAGCAUUUGCUGGCGGGAAAGGCACAGAAUCGUUGGUUUGACAAAUCCAUUUCCCUGCUAAUCAGCGCCGAUGGCACCACAGCCAUCAACUUCGAGCACUCUUGGGGCGAUGGCGUGGCAGUUCUUCGUUACUUUAACGAACUUUAUAAGGACACCUUGCAGCAGCCAUUUGUGUCCACGGAGACGGUGCACACGCCCGCCGAAGGAGAUGCCGUCAAUGUGCGAGCCAUUAACUUUGAAAUCGACGACGCCACCAAGGCGGCCGUGACGGAGGCCUACGAAAAGAAUGCUAAAAUCGUAGACAGUCUAGACAUGAAUUUGCUCAAGUAUCCGCAUAUUAACAAACCCAUCUGCAAGCAGUACGGCCUCAGUCCCGACUCCAUCAUCCAGCUAUCCUUCCAGCUGGCCUACAGACAAGCUUUCAACGGCUAUGUGGGCACUUACGAGUCUUGCAGUACCUCUGCCUUCCGUCAUGGACGAACGGAAACAAUGCGUCCCUGUACGAAUGCCACCCGUGAAUUUUGCGAGGCUGUCUUAAAACCAGAGAGCAGCAAGCCGAGUGCCGGGGAGCUGCGGACGAUGAUCGACAAGUGCAGCAAGGUGCAUGGCCAGCUCACCAAGGAGGCGGCCAUGGGUCAAGGUUUUGAUCGCCAUCUCUUUGCACUGCGGCACACGGCUCAAAAGGAGGGCAUACCCGUACCCGAUCUCUACCAGACAGAGGCUUACCAGCGCAUCAACAAUAAUAUAAUCAGUACCUCAACCCUUGGUUCGGAUGCCCUGCUAGCUGGAUCCUUUGGUCCGGUGGUCAGAAAUGGCUUUGGCAUUGGCUACUCGAUUCAGAACGAUUUUGCCGGCGCCAUUGUCACCACGUACAAAAAUCAGGCGGAUGGGAAGGUGUUCAUUGACAGCCUAGAGUCGGCAUUUGAUAAAAUUUGUUCUGUCAUCCAGCAGAGUGCCAACAAGAAAUAGGAGGAGGCCCAUCUAUCUAGCAGAAAACCCCAAGGAUUUCCAGCUCCGCCCCUUAAAACAAAACAAGGCUUUAACGUAACAGAGAGAUUUAUAUUGUAAAUUUUACUCUAUGUAUCCCAUGUGUCUGAAUUGCAAUAUCUUAUUCCAAGCUCAACGAUUUAUAGAUUAAACAUUGAAAACAUUCUA